CCUAUAUAUCCGGUUCAGCUCGGAACAGGGAACCAGACACGAGAGAAACACGGACAUAUAUAGUGUGACACACAGUGGUGCAGCCAUGUGCCACACGUCGUGUUGAGUCCACAGUUGAACAUUUGUCCACAGGUGUUUGCUGUCAUUAUGAUCGUGGUUUGUUUUUGUAGUACAAAUAUACUGUAUCGCAUUUAGUGUCAUUUUGCGCCACGUGUCGCUGAAUUAUGGGGAAAUCAAAGACCAAGAACCAGAAGAAAUCCCGAGUAGCCGCGAACCAUGUGGCCGAGCACACGUACGGAGCUGUACCCCACUCCUUCGUCUUUCAUCGGGGUCAGAUCGGGAAAAACGUGGGUCAGCUCAUCCUGGACGUGCGGAGAGUCCUGGAGCCCUACACCGCCGAGUCUCUGAAGGUUAGGAAAAAGAAUGUGCUGAAAGAUUUCGUGGCCAUCGCAGGACCCCUGGGAGUGACACACUUCAUGAUCUUUAACAAGACACCCAGCAGUAUCAACAUGAGACUUGCUCGACUUCCCAAAGGUCCUACCCUUCAUUUUAGAGUGCUCAAGUACUCUCUCAUCAAAGAUGUGGUUUCAACUCUGAAGAAGCACCGGAUGCACGAGCAGCAGUUCUCACAUCAUCCACUACUCAUCCUCAAUAACUUUGGAACUGACGGCAUGCACAUUAAACUCAUGGCCACCAUGUUCCAAAAUAUGUUUCCAUCCAUUAAUGUGCACAAGGUCAGCCUCAACAACAUCAAGAGGUGUGUGUUGCUGAAUUACAACACAGAGUCUCAGCAAAUAGAGUUUCGACAUUACAGCCUGAAGGUUGUCCCCGUCGGCAUGAGCCGCGGAGUCAAGAAGCUGAUGCAGGAGAGGUUUCCCAACAUGAACAAGUUCGAGGACAUUAGUGAGCUGCUGAUGAAGGGGGCGAACCUUUCAGAAAGUGAAGCAGAACAGGACGGGGAGCACAACAUCACCGAGUUGCCGCAGGUGUACUCUGGAAGAGGCAACAUGCCAUCCCAACAGAGUGCUGUCCGUUUGACGGAGAUUGGUCCUCGCAUGACUCUGCAGCUGACGAAGAUCCAAGAAGGCAUGGGAGAAGGGAAUGUCCUCUAUCAUACCAUGAUCUCCAAGACAGAGGAGGAAAUACAGGAGAUCCUGAACAGGAAGGAGGCCCAGUUAAAGGAGAAGGCGGAUCGGAGGAAAAAGCAGGCGCAGAAUGUUGCUCAGAAAAAAGAGAAACGAGAAGAGCACAAGAAGAAGAGCCUGGAGGGCAUUAAGCGCAAACGCGAUGAGGAAGAAGAUGACAGUGAGGUGGAGGAUCCUGGGAUGCAGGAUGGUCAGGUAGCUGCUCCUGAAUCAGAUGAUGAGGUGGAGUACUACAGACAGGCUGUCGGAGAAGAGCCAGAUGAAGACAUGUUCCCAAGUAUCAAGAAGAGGCGGAGCUCAGAAACGUCCUAUGGACCUGCCAGGAAGAGGACGCCUUUUGCUGGUAAAUCAGGGAGAAAUGAUGGAAAAUCUAAAUCACCAAGGAGAGGUGGUCCAGGAGGAGCGCAAAGAGACAAAACAGGAAAAGGUUUUAAGAAAUCCGGGGACAGGGAGAAACCAUUUGGAAACAAAAUGAAGCCUGGAGGAAAGGCAUUCGGAGCUAAGAAAUUUGGUGACAGAGAAAAUAAAUUUGGUGGAAAGAAGAAAUUUGAAGGAAACAAAACGUUUGGAAAGAAAAGCAAGGACCAAUCAUUUAAAUCUAAAGGUCAGAAAAGCAAAGCUGGCUUCAAGAAGAAAGGUAUGGGAGCGAAGCAAGGAUUCAAACAGAGGAAGGGAAAAGGUUGAGCCCAACCUUCUUCCGUGACUGGGACAUUGAAUGUGUUAUGACUUUGAAGCACCAGGUGGCAGCAAGUAUCCAUUUUGCCAUCAGUGCCUCAGCCUGUGACCAUAUGUGAUGGUUGUUUUCAGACUGUUUACUGCUGAACAUCAGCAGGGGGACAUGAGUAAAGAUGAAAGUUGUAUAUUUUCACACUGUAUGAAAAAAUAUUGAAAAUGUACUUGUUCAAUAAAUUGUUUAAAAUAUA